AUGUCUCCGAAGACUGAAGAGUAUUGGUCAGAUUCAGACGAGGAGGCGGGGUCUGACGUUGAGACCGCCGUGCAACUGGGAAUCCCGGACGGUCUGGUAGCUUCGUCUGCGGACCUCCUCGAUGUCAAUGUAUCUCGGAUAGGGGGCCAUCCUACCUUCCUUACGUCGCCAGAGCCGCCGUUCGCGUCUGCGCUUUGCAAGAAUUGCUCGAAACCCAUGGAGCUCCUUGUGGAGGUCUGGUGUCCUCUUGAGGGCAGUCCAAAUGACAGGGUAUUAUACAUUUGGGGUUGUGCCAGUGGGGCAUGCCAGCGAAAGGAGGGGAGCGUCAGGGCCUGGCGAGGUUUGAGACACAAUCAGAAGUACGCCGAUAAACUGUCUAAGAAGCUGGCCAAGCAGAGAUUGAAGGAAGAAGAGGCACAAAUCGCUGAAGAAGCUGCCCGACAGAAAACCCUCAAGGCGAAUCCAUUCUCAUUGAAGACAGUCGGUUCCUCAAACCCUUUCGCUCUCGGUGCUCAGGUUUUCGGCAAUGCACCUUUGGAGCCAAUAAAGUCUGAUGACCAUCAAGUGCUAGAUUCUGAGCGCCAGGAUGAUGAUGAGAAUGGGCCUCAGAGCAACGAAGAUGAUGACGACGACGAGUUGGUAGAGCGCUUGGCGGCUGCAACAUUGUCCAACUCCGAAUGGGCCUCCGCGCCGGCAUACGCACCGUUGUAUCUUUCCACCGUGUCGGAGUACUUGCCGCCGGCACCUAAAUCAAAACUGUCUUCCGGAGCCAACAUAGACGAGGAUGACGAAGAAAGGAGGAAGAAGGAUACCGGUUGGGCUCUGGAAGGCUACGAAAAUUCCAUGGAGGUCGAUCAUGCCUUCGAACGCUUUACCAAGCGAAUUUCUUAUGAGGGAGAGCAGUGCUUGAGAUAUGAACUGGGUGGCACGCCUCUACCUUUCUCCAGCGACGAAGUUUUUAAUUCACUGUUUCCUGCACCGUCCUCUCCGUACAUCUCGGUUACAAACAGAGAGUUCGCGGUGGUGCCUGCGCUCAAACGGACGUACAACCCGUCUGCGCUGCCGCAUUGUCCUCACUGCAAAUCCAAGCGGGUGUUCGAGUGUCAACUGAUGCCUAAUUUGAUCAGCGUUCUGAAGCGGGGGAACGAUGCAGAAAGCGGGAAGAAGCAAACAGAUGAAGAGCGGAGGCAGGAAGUGCUCAGGGAACUGAAGGGCGGGCAUAGGAAAUUGCGCUCCAAAUUGGCCGUCAAAUUCAAGUUCUUCCCAAAGCAUACUCGCACAGCCCCGCGCAGGAUUACGAUACCUGAGGAGGACGAAGGCCAUCUUGAUGUUCCACCCCCGCCUCCGCCGAAGGACCGUCGCAGCUGGGAGGACAUGUACUGUGCCUUCGAGUUAUCCGAGGCAACUGAGUUUGCGCGAUCGCCGUCUUCCGAUUCGUCUAGAGCUUCGGAAUCUGCAGAGGUCGGAGGCGAGUAUCUUCGGCGGAUAUUCCUUGCGCGGCGACAAACGCAAGUACAAUCUAAUCUAUCACCACAGAGGCGUAACGCCUCGUUGCCUCCACCCCCUGGCACGCAUCCACCACCAUCCAUGCAGUCUGUGUCCCCGCGCAUUCCACCCUCCAGGAUCCCGCAACGCUCGCCUCGACGACAGCGCGCGGCAUCGACCCCAGACGAAGUUGAACUUCACCGGAGAGAGGCUAUUCGCAUCAGGGAGAGAGAAGAACAGCAGGCGAGGAUGGAAGAGGCCCAGCGCCAAGCCCGGCUCAAACAGGAAAAGGAAGAGAUCUUGCGCAGAUAUAUGGAGGAGGAGCGGCAGCGCAAGGCUGCUCUGGAAGAAGAGCUGCGGCGGGCCGCAGACCAGCGUAGGAAGAAGGAGGCAAUUGAGCGUGAAGCGGAUGAGCUUAAGCGGAUGAUCGCGACGGAAAGGAGGCGGGUGGAAAGGGAGAAGAGGAUCCAGGAAACCCUGAAGCUACAAGCAUGGAGGAAAGAACAGGAAAAGCGAGCCAAGGAGACCACUGGAAAGCGGGAAGAGCUCCGGCGGCGCCUCUUCCAAGAGAGGCGAGAUUUAGCCUCGCGUUUGAAGGACGCUGCUGGAGCGCAGAGCAAGGUUUUCUUGUCAGGCUGGGUCACAGUCCAAGCGGAAGAGUCCGCGGCGUGGAAACGACGAUACUACCAGCUGAACGACAGGGCCCUUCUUCUCUUCAAGAAUCCGGAGGAAACUACUCAGUCGUCAGACACAGUAAGGCUGUCCGACAUACAGCAUAUUAAAGAAUGGCACGAGGGGUUCGAAGAAUUAGAAGGGAUUCCCCAUUCCUUCGCUGUGGAGUUCCACGACGGACGUUCCUGGUCCCUUUUCGCAGAUUCCUCUCUGGAUAAGGAAUAUCUUCUGGCGCUUCUCAGCCAGCAGAUGGCUGAAUAA